AUGGAAAGAAAUAGUGGUGUUGAUCAGAUAUUAGAUUCUCAUUAUAAAAACAAAAUAACUGAAAUUAGAAAUAAAUUAAAGAAAAUUUUAACUUUACUUUUAUUCUGUGCAUUACAUAAAUUGCCUAUUCGUGGAAAUAAUGACAAUACUGCUGUAUUUAAUAAUCUACCAAAAUUCAGGAUUAACGCUGGUGAUUUAGUUUUGAAAAGCCAUUUAGAAAAAUCUUCUAAAAACGCCUUAUAUAUAUCUUACCGUGUAAAAAAUGAACUAAUAGAAUGUGCAUCAUAUACAUUAAGCUUAUGA